AUGGCAGACCGUUUCUUCCCCAAUGACAUGCCUGAUUUCAUCCCAGAAACUCCAUUGGAAGAACCAAGCGCUGAAAGGGCUGGAUAUUCACUUACAAAGCUUCUCUCUCUUCCCUACAAAACACUCUCCGAGAGACUCCAGCAAGCAGCCUUGGAUCUCAAAGAAACAGUUGUGAGGGAGACAUGGGGGAGUAAUGGGGAACGUGUGAAGGACUACACCCUUUAUACUGGGGCUCUUGGAACGGCUUUCUUGCUCUUCAAAGCUUACCAAGUUACUAACAACAAGAAUGACCUUGAUCUUUGCUCUGAGAUUGUUAAGGCUUGUGAUUCUGCUUCGCGCGGUUCUCGGCGUGUGACAUUCAUCUGCGGGCAGGCUGGUGUAUAUGCUCUUGGUGCAGUUGUUGCAAAGCACUGUGGUGAUCAACAGCUGUGUGACCACUACUUAACUGAAUUUGAACAGAUCAAGCUUCCUAAAGAUCUUCCAGACGAAUUAUUGUAUGGGAGAUCAGGGUUCUUAUGGGCAUGUUCAUUCUUAAACAAGAAUAUUGGUAAGAAGACAAUAUCUUCUACCAAAAUGAGAGCAGUGGUGGAUGAAGUUAUAAAGAAUGGUUGGCAAUUGGGAAGGGGAAGAUGCCCCUUGAUGUAUGAAUGGCAUGGUAAAAGGUAUUGGGGAGAUGCCCAUGGACUUGCUGGGAUUUUGCAUGUAUUGAUGGACAUGGAACUGAAGCGAGAUGAGGUGGAGGAUGUCAAGGGUACACUGCAGUACAUGAUCAAGAAUCGAUUUCCCAGUGGAAAUUAUCCUUCAAGUGAAGGAAGUGAAUCUGACUGUCUUGUGCAAUGGUGUCAUGGUGCUUCGGGGGUUGCUCUUACCCUUGCAAAAGCAGCCAAGGUUUUUGGAAGCGAGGAGUUUCUGAGGGCAGCUGUGGAUGCAGGGGAGGUGGUAUGGAAUCGGGGUCUGCUUAAACGAGUUGGGCUUUGUCAUGGUAUCAGUGGGAAUACCUAUGUAUUUUUUUCACUUUACAGAUUGACAGGCAAAGUGGAGUUCUUGUACAGGGCCAAAGCGUUUGCUUGCUUUCUAAAUGAUAGAGCUCAAGUUCUCAUAUCAGAGGGGAUAAUGCAUGGAGGUGAUCGCCCCUACUCCCUGUUUGAAGGCCUUGGAGGAAUGGCUUAUCUCUUUUUGGACUUGAUCGAACCAUCUGAGGCUAGGUUCCCUGGUUAUGAACUUUGA